AUGGGUACUCUUCCUACAUGGCUGUCUGCCCUGCUGCUACUGCUAUGGACUGCAGCUGCUCAAUCCCCAGCUAUCGAUGUCGCUGGCAUUACAGCAGAUUCCACCCCUCAUGGCCCAACCAUGUCAGGAACCCCAGCUGAUUGCAACCGAUGGUUCACUAUCCAAAAGGGUGAUACCUGCUAUGAGUUGGAAAAGGCGUUUGGACUCACUCCUCAGCAAUUCCAGCAAUGGAAUCCUGCAGUGUCCCGUGAUUGUCUGGUCAACUUCUGGCCGGGCUACGCAUACUGUGUGGGCGUUGGACCAGUAGCGAUUCCAACAUCUGCAGACACUGCUCCUUCUGCUCCGACCAUGACUGGUACCGCGGCAAAUUGCAACCGUUGGUACACUGCUCAGAAAGGAGACAAUUGCUACGCAGUGGAGAAAGCAUUCGGGCUCACUCCGCAGCAAUUCCAGCAGUGGAAUCCCGCCGUCUCCCAUGAUUGCCUGGUCAACUUUUGGCCGGGUUACGCAUACUGCGUGGGAGUUGGACCGGUAGCAAUUCCGACAUCUGCAGACACUGCUCCUCAUGCCCCAACCAUGACUGGCAUUGCAGCAAAUUGUAACCGGUGGUACACUGCCCAAAAAGGAGAUUACUGUUAUGCAGUAGAGAAAGCAUUCGGGCUUACUCCGCAGCAGUUUCAGCAGUGGAAUCCCGCUGUCUCUUCGGACUGUCUGGUCAACUUCUGGCCCGGGUAUGCUUAUUGCGUGGGUGUUGGGCCGGCCGAAAAUGGUCCUCAUGGCCCUACUAUGCCAGGAAUUGCCCCAAACUGCAUUCAGUUUUAUACUGCCAAGAAGGGUGAUACUUGCUAUGCAGUCGAGAAGGCUUUUGGUAUCAGUCCCCAGCAAUUUCAACAGUGGAAUCCGGCUGUCUCUCUGGACUGCUUGGUCAAUUUUUGGGCAGAUUAUGCCGACAGCGACAGCGACUUCGGCUUCGACGUCAACGAGUUCAACCACUUUGACUACGUCGACCACUUCGACAACUGCCCUUACCACCUCCACCACGUCUACUGCUUGGACUACUGGCACGUCGACCACUUCGACGACCGUCCUUCCUACGUCUACUAUUUCAACUACUUGGCCUACUGUACGUGGACUACCGGCACGUCGACCACUUCGACUAGUUUGUCACCUACGACUGUUUUCACCACAUUCACCACCACGCUCACUUUGACCACAACCUUGACUUCGAAUGGUCAGACUACGUGCUUCGACCACGUUGACCACUUCAACCACCUUGGCCACUUCCAAAUCUUCUACCACUUCCAGCCCACCCACGUCAACUCCAAGUACUUCCAGAAGUUUGACUACUUUGACCAGUCCAAGUACUCCAAGUACUCAUACCACUCCCACCACUCCCAGAACUUCGACCUCAACAACCCCCCGUUCGCCCUCUAUCACACCUACUCCUAG